AUGUCCGCAUCACCAGUUUCCAAGGGACUUGUCAUCGACCAGACGACUGUGCUGUCGCUCUUGUCUACGCUAGCUAUCCUUGCAGCCGCCUAUACGACGUCUCUCUACGCUCUACCCAAGCAUGCAAACUCAAAGACUCGCUUCCUCUUCAUCUGGCACGCCUUUGAUGCUCUGAUCCACUUCAUCCUCGAGGGCACAUUUCUGUACAACUGCUUCUUCUCCUUUGGCUCUACGUUGCUCACUGAACCGUUUCUGCCCGACAAUGUCUACUUUCUUGGCCACGUAGGCAGGAACUACGGCGCGGCUUACGGAGAUCAAUGGCAUAGUGCUCUUUGGCGCGAGUAUGCCAAAGCGGAUAGGAGAUGGGCAGGCACUGAUCUUACAGUUGUGAGUUUAGAGUUGCUGACGGUGUUUGUGGGUGGUCCGUUGGCCUGUUGGAUUUGUUUGCAAUUGGUCAAGGAGAGAUGGGGCAGUGCGUGGUUUUGGAUGUGUGUGCUUGCUACUGGUGAGCUUUAUGGUGGUUUCAUGACUUUCGUCCCCGAGUGGCUCAGUGGAUCGCCUAACUUGAUCACUUCAAAUUGGAUGUACAAGUGA